GCUGUUGAGCCAAUCAGAUUUCAGCAAAAACGAAGGAAGGAAUGAAGUUGUGAGGGACCGCCUGUAUCCCCCCUCUAUAUUGAGAGUAUUAGUUUGGUCCACUCUGAUAGAAACACAGACAGCAUUCUGCUGCAGGUCACGGAUUAUAAAGUAAAACAUUAGAAACUGAAAAAUAAAAACUCUUGACCAACGGCCUAUUCGGUCUGAAAUGGCAUCUUCCCGAAUGACUGGUCCGCCCCUGUUACUUGCUGUCCAUCUUUUCUCUUCCUUUUUAAAUACAGAACCGGUAAGGAUUUCAAGAAUGACCUGGACUUCUUACUCCAGGGGGUUUCAGAGUUCGACCUCAACACUGGAGCAGUACCUUCUGAGGUUCUGGUCCACGGACCACUAGCCUUUCCCAUCGGGACCACAAACAAUGGACGAGCAUUCCUGGCAGGAGCCUACUAUGGGCAGGGACGAGUCAUUGUGGUUACACAUGAAGGAUUUAUGGGACAAGAGACAUUUGCUCCAUUUUGGAACAAUGCCAUUCAUUGGUUGGAUGAAGGCCGGAAGGGGAUCGUUGGUGUAGUGCACGAUCCAGCACUCCAAGUUCUCAGCAAGUCAGGGUUACAGUGUGAGAAGACAGACUUCAGAGAAGACCUGAGUGUAUUUGUGCGUACAGCGUACAGCGAUAAUCAUGUGGAGAAAAUCCAACAUUUCGUGGCAGAGGGAGGAGGCCUGCUGAUUGGUGGACAUGCCUGGUACUGGGCAGAGACGCACCGCGGGCAAAACCCAAUGACAGAGUUCUCAGGGAACAAGAUCCUGAACAAUAUGGGCUUGAGCUUGUUGGAGACAACAGUCGAAGGAGGUUUAUACAAGGCCCCUGUGCCCAGCCAGGCCAUGAAAGACACCUACUGCUUCCGCAACCUUCUGCGCCGCUUUGCUGGCCAUGUGACCGAUGGCAAAGAAUUAAGCAAUGAGGAGGAGGCAUGUCUUAAAAAGCUGGGUGGGGACUGUGCCAAGUACUUGAAGACCAAGGCUUAUGACUGCUUCUCCUACAAUCAGAUUGUGUCCACCCUCACUGACAUCUUAAUGAAGUCAGACAUGCCUCAGGUGUGUGACAGCUGCCCUGCAAAGACUCCCAAAGACCACCUACUCCUCAGUGUGGCAGCAGAGGUAUACAAGGUUUCCCCAGAUCCUGAUGCUCUCCUGCCCUACAUCAUCAAGCAUAACCCGUUUCUGCCAGUUGUUUACAACCACAGGAUCAAGAUUAAUGUUAACACAGCAGGAGGGGAGGACUGGAUCAGUACGGGUCUCUACCUCUCUCCUGGUAUGAAGACCUACAUGAUCAUACCAGCAGAGAUGGUCAACAAGGAAUGGAAGGUAGAGUGGACAAAACUGAGUUCAUUAUGUGUCUGUUAAUGAUGCG